CUGGUGUCAGAGAGCUGCUGGUUGCUUUUUUCACCAAUUCCUCUCUGCAGUAAUGGCUGCAUGUACAGGGUCUGACAAGCCCACAGUGAGAGAUAUCUUCACCAGUAUGCAGUAUGGGCCAGCUCCUGAGGCUGCCAACGUUGCACAGGCAUGGCUCGACUCUCAUAAUCGCAGCUUUGGGCAUUUUGUAGACGGCAAGUGGCUACAACCUGAAGGAAGGCAAACUUACACUACCAAGAACCCUGCAACUGGAGAGUCCCUGGCCAGUACCGUUCAAGGAAAUGAGGAAGAUGUGGAGGUUGCUGUCAGUGCUGCACGGAAAGCUUCUGAGACUUGGAGCAAGCUGCCCUGCCACGUUCGUGCUCGUUACCUUUACAGCAUUGCACGCACUAUACAGAAACACCAGCGGUUGCUUAGCGUGGUGGAGAGCAUGGACAAUGGGAAGCCUAUAAGAGAAUCCCGUGACUGUGACGUGCCACUUGUUGUUCGACAUUUUUAUCAUCACGCUGGGUGGGCACAGCUCAGAGACACAGAAAUGAAUGGUUGGAAGCCUCUUGGUGUUGUUGCUGCGAUUGUUCCAUGGAAUUUUCCUCUCAUGUUACUUACUUGGAAAAUAUGUCCAGCUCUUGCAAUGGGUAACACUGUGGUAUUAAAGCCAGCCACUUACACACGGCUGACAGCACUUCUUCUGGCAGAGAUCUGUGCCGAGGCCGGGUUACCUCCAGGGGUUUUCAAUGUAGUCACUGGCAACGGGGCAUUCGGGGAAAAGCUUGCCGUCCAUCCCAAUGUUGACAAAGUAGCAUUCACUGGUUCCACGGAGGUGGGUCGUACUCUGCGUAAAGCUACAGCUGGGACCGGUAAGAAGUUGUCACUAGAGCUGGGUGGGAAGUCACCCUUCAUUGUGUUUGACACAGCAGAUCUAGACGGUGCUGUAGAAGGACUGGUAGAUGCCAUCUGGUUCAAUCAAGGACAGGUUUGUAGUGCUGGAUCCCGUCUUCUCAUGCAAGAAUCCAUUGCCGAAGAUUUGAUUCAGAGGCUUAAGCAGAGACUCUCACAUCUUAGGUUGGGUGACAGUUUGGAUAAAGCCAUAGAUGUUGGUGCUCUAGUGGACGAAACGCAGAAGAGAACAAUCACUGAAUUUGUGGAAGAAGCACGGGCAGAGGGAGCAGAGGUUUUUCAAGCACCUGGCCCCAUCCCUAAAAAAGGCUUGUUCUACCCACCUACCUUGAUCACUGGUGUUGACACUACAUCGCGCUGUGUCCGAGAGGAGAUUUUUGGACCUGUUUUGGUUGCAAUGACUUUUCGGACAGCUAAAGAAUCUAUCGCUUUGGCAAAUAAUACCCCAUAUGGAUUGGCUGCAAGUCUCUGGACUGAGAACUUACCUUUAGCACUGGAGGUAGCUCUGAGCCUUAAAGCUGGUACAGUAUGGAUUAAUGGACACAAUAUGUUUGAUGCAGCAGCAGGCUUUGGUGGAUAUAAAGAGAGUGGAUUUGGUCGUGACGGAGGUAAAGAGGGCCUGUAUGAAUAUGUGCGUCCAAGCUGGGAAAGCAGACCGCAUCCAAACCCAGGAGAUGUGAACGUUAAAACCUUUGCGGUCGCAUAUGGAGUCGAUGUACCCCCCAUUCCUGGACAAAAUUCAAUCUGUCCAUCCGUCAUUAAACAAGAGGACACUGAGAUUCCCAGUGUUGACAGGACUUAUAAACUGUAUUAUGGUGGAGCACAAAAACGCCCAGAUGGUAUGUACUCGCGCCCCAUAAGUGGACCAAAUGGGGAAGUCCUUGCCUAUGUGGCUGACGGUAAUCGAAAAGAUGUGCGCAAUGCAGUGGAAGCAGCUCACAAGGCAGCACCAGGAUGGGGAAAAAGAGCAGCUCAUAACCGAGCUCAGAUUGUUUACUACAUGGCUGAAAAUCUUGAGCUUCGACGGGUUGAAGUAGCCCAAAGACUGAGCACCCUUACUGGACAAUCCAAAGAGAAGGCCCUCCACGAAGUUGAUUUAAGCAUUCAAAGACUUUUCUAUUGGGGAGCCUAUUGUGACAAAUAUGGAGGUAAUGUACAGGAAACCUUGCUUUAUGGAGCCACUGUGCUAAUUCGAGAGCCCAUGGGUGUGGUGGGUAUUGCUUGCCCAGAUGAAAGUCCUCUGUUGAGCUUUGUCAGCCUCUUUGCACCAGCUAUCGUACGUGGCAAUGCAGUUAUCAUAAUACCAAGUGAGAAGUGCCCGCUGCCAGCAUUAGAUUUUUACCAGGUCUUUGACACAUCAGAUCUCCCAGGAGGAGUUGUAAACAUUCUAACUGGAGGACGGGACCAUUUAUCCAAAUAUUUAGCAGAGCACCAAGAUGUACAGUCCAUGUGGUACUUCGGUUCUGCAGAGGGGUCUAAAUUCGUGGAAUGGGCGUCUGCAGAGAACUGUAAGCGCACGUGGGUGAAUUACGGUCUUCCCAGAGAGUGGGAAGAUGUCCAUCAGGGUGCCGGAGAAGAGUUCCUCUACCAUGCCACUCAGUGUAAAAACAUCUGGAUACCCAUGGGGGAAAUAUUUGCCAAUUAAUCCUUUUAGAAAUAAAGAGAGCCUUAAAUGAAAACCAUAACAUGAGAUUUAUACUGUAAUAAAUAUUCAUACUUUUAUAAUAGCCACAUACCUCAGGUUUUCAAUAAAUUUAAUUAAUUCUGUG